GCGACGGCAUGAAGAAAUCCUCGUAUUCAGGAAUCAGCCGGACCUCCAGCGGGAGACUUCGGAGACUCAGUGACCAGACGAGUCCAACUCUGAAAAGAUCUUUUGAGGUCGAGGAGGUAGAUCAGUCUUCAAAUUCCUCCACCCCGCAAAGACGGACCCCGAACCCCCUCCUCAGGUCCACCGUGUCCAGCUCGACGCAGAAGUUUCAGGAACUCGGCGCCAGGAAUUCGGAGCCAUCUGCCCGACAUGCGGACCCCACGGGCCAAAGAUCACCCAAGCCCUCUCUGAGGAGAGUGGAGCUCUCUGGACCCAAACUGCCCGAGCCGGUGUCCAGAAGAACAGAAAUCUCCAUUGACAUCUCAUCCAAGCAGGUGGAGAACUCCACCUCAGGGUUGUCAAGGUUUGGCCUCAAAAGAGCAGAUGUGCUGGGGCACAAACCCCCCGAGCCCACCCCAAGGAGGACUGAGAUCACCCUCGGCAAGCCCCAGGAGCUGGGUCUCCGGAGGGUGGAGGCACCGGCAUCAAAGAUCCCUGAGAUGCCCCAGCGAAGAGCCGAGAUGGCCAACGCUCCUGUGCCUGACACGGCCACCAAGCGCGUGGAAAUUCAGGUGGCGAAGGCUGCCGAGGUCCCAGCCCCACCGGUGCGGCAAGUGGAGAGCUCGGAGCCUCCCCUGGCCACCCAGCCUCCCCAGGCAGAGCCGAAGCCGCAGCCAGCGCUGAUGGAGAGCCCACCAAAGAGAGAAGAAGGUCCAGAGGCAGUUCCCAGCCACGCACCCGGCAUGACGGACACUCCACGGGAUGCCGGCCCCAAGCAGGCGGCGCCGACGCGGCCGGAGAAACCGGCUGCAGACUUCGGCUAUGUGGGGAUAGACGCCAUCCUGGAGCAGAUGAGACGGAAAGCCAUGAAGCAGGGGUUCGAGUUCAACAUCAUGGUCGUGGGUCAGAGCGGCUUGGGGAAAUCCACGUUAAUCAACACCCUGUUCAAGUCCAAAAUCAGCCGGAAAUCUGUACAGCCGACUUCUGAAGAGCGGAUCCCCAAGACCAUUGAAAUCAAAUCCAUCACUCACGAGAUUGAAGAGAAGGGGGUUCGCAUGAAGCUGACAGUCAUCGACACCCCAGGCUUUGGAGACCACAUCAACAACGAGAACUGCUGGCAGCCCAUCAUGAAGUUCAUCAACGACCAGUACGAGAAGUACCUGCAGGAGGAAAUCAACAUUAACCGGAAGAAGCGGAUCCCCGACCGGGUGCACUGCUGUAUAUACUUCAUCCCAGCCACUGGCCACUCGCUCCGACCGCUAGACAUUGAGUUCAUGAAACGCCUGAGCAAAGUGGUCAACAUCGUCCCCGUGAUUGCAAAAGCCGACACGUUGACGCUGGAGGAGAGGGACUACUUCAAACAAAGGAUAAUGGCCGAUCUUCUUGCCAAUGGGAUCGAUGUGUAUCCUCAGAAAGAGUUUGAUGAAGACUCUGAAGAUCGGCUAGUGAAUGAGAAAUUCAGGGAAAUGAUCCCGUUUGCAGUGGUGGGCAGUGACCAGGAGUACCAGGUUAAUGGAAGAAGAAUCCUUGGAAGGAAGACCAAGUGGGGCACCAUUGAAGUGGAGAACACGACACACUGUGAGUUCGCCUACCUGCGGGACCUCCUCAUCAGGACACACAUGCAGAACAUAAAGGAUAUUACCAGCAACAUCCACUUCGAAGCCUACAGGGUGAAGAGGCUGAACGAGGGCCAGAGCUCACUCUCCAACGGCGUGACCGACAAAGAGCUGGUGGCUAACGAAAUGUAACCGUCUCGCUCCGUAGCCAGGACCUUGCUCGCUCACGCUCGCUAUUUCUCCCCUCUUCCCCCUUUAUUUUUAUAUAAAUCCUCUGCCACUGUCCCUCUUCCCCCACCCCCCCAAACCCCCUGCCAAUGUUAACUGACCAAAUAACCAGACACCGUCUCUGUCGUGCGGAGCAGGGCGACCGCUCAUCCCCUCUCCUUGCUUUGUGGCAUGAUGUUUCUUCUCAGCCCCUGGUCCAGCAUCCCUGGGCUGGGGACCGUCCCCCCGCGGAGGUCGGGCUCUUGCUGGCCCCCAGCACUGGCCUGACAGCCGAGCUCGGGGGCGCAGAUCUGCGGGGCUGGCGGGGUUGGGGUGCCCCCGGGAGCCCUGCCUGCCCCUCCGUGCAGAGGCUCUUCUCCGUCCGUUGAAGGCAAGGGUUUCUCCAGGUGAAUGUAGCCUUCGGAAGCAAGGUACAGUGGUAUGAAGAGAGCAAGACGGUGCCAUCCUUGUCUCCUGCCGCCUCCUCCGAGCCCUCUGCAGCCCUCCAGGACCCGCCAGCCCCCAACCUAGCCCCUGUACCCUGCCUACAUGCAAUAAACUGGGAGUGUUUAGGUGUCACCUCGCCUGUCACCGACCCCCGGCCAGGCAGAGCGACCUGCUUUGGGAGAAGUGCCUUUUCAGACUGUUACUUUGCAAUAGUGUGGGA